CUAUUUACAAGGUUACACGACAACGGAUGACAUUCAAUUUCUGAACAUCAUUGUAAAAUAUUACCAAACUUUUUGGUUGAAACGCGAGGAAGAAAGAAGACUUGAAGAAGUCGAAAAUGAAAGCUUAUACAAGUUUAAAAUGCAAACGUGUUGUGAGGACGAGUUGUCCGAAGUUGAGCUAAAUCAGAAAGAUAUCGAAGAAAUAUUUACAAGAUUUGAUGAUGAUUUCCAAGAACUUCAGUCAGCGGAAAAACAAGAACUUUCAAAUGGCAGCGCGAUGAAUACAAUCGAGAAGAAGACGAUAUUGGUGUUUUAGACCUAACACAGUUCUGUAAUAUGCAUCAGUUCAUAUUAUGUUGUGCUCCCAAUGUAUGCGAUGUGUUUUCAACCUUUAAUAACAAAGAUUAUCUGAAGGUGGAUGAAGAAAGAGAUGCGUUUCAAAUCGUGUUUCACCGUUAUAACAUUUCUUCUGAAGUGGUCGCACUUGCUGAUUUAUCCGAUGUUGAUUUACGGGACGAUAGUUCUCCCAGCCAUCUCAUUAUGAGCUCGAUGUUGAUGAGAUAUUUGUCUAGCCAUGAAGAAGGAGCUAAAAUUAAGCAUCAGUUAAUGAGUUCUUUGUUCGAGAAAAGAGGUGAAGAAUACGAUAUUUACCACGACAGCAAUUUAAAGGAAACUGUAAAAGUUGUACCGAUACUUUUACGCUUUAAGACGAGAUUAGAGCAACUGCUUGUUGAAUGGCCGGAGCAUCCAACGCUCGCUCAAGUAAAGAAGAGACUCGAGAUCGAAGCAAAUCCUGUGAAAUAUUAUAUUGGUUUUUCAACUUUAUCGAUUCUUAUUUUACAGUUGUGUCGAACCAUCGAGCGUAUUCUUUCAUUUUCUGUAACAAGUCCUGUAAUGAAAAUUCUUAAUGGUUUAGAAAUCUUGUUAAAGUAUUCACAGGAGUGGGAAUGUAAUGCCAGUCGCCAUGUUUCCAUAAGAAUCAAUCUGAAUGAAGUCACCCAAAUGAUUAUCCAAUAGAGAAAGUUAGAGUUAAGGUGCUGGUCUUCUUUGUUGCAAGUUUGUGAAGUGAACGUGAGCGAUAGAGCCAAUCAUUGGUGGUUUCAUCUUCAUCACGUGAUCCAGGAAUUUUCCCGCACUAAUGAACAAGCGGAUUGCACGGAAUUCAUCAAUAUCUUACAGCAGUUUAUUGAGAAAUCGUCCAUAGGAGAAUUUUGUCAUAGAUUAAACAUGCUACGGGCCUUUCAUUCUCAGAAAAUGUUGGACAAAGAAGAUAAUUCAGAUAUCGUGUUGAUUAUACUGUGGAACGUAUAUUGUUACUACAAACAAUUUCAGGCGCAAGUGAAUGAUUUUAUUCAGAAAGCAAAGACUCCGAUCGAGAAAGAGUUGAAGGAUUUCAUCAAGAUUAUCAAGUGGAAAGACAUCAAUUAUUGGGCAAUGAAGGAAACGUCGUCAAAGUCUCAUUAUACUUUGCUGAAAUUCAUGAAAAAAUACAGAAUGCCGAAUCUUGAGAAUGAGGAAAGUGAAUCUCAACUAUAUCCUCAAAAUUGUUUACCAAAAUGCGAAAGUUAACACAACGCAAGCUGAACACUUCGAGAUACGAGAGAUCAUCUUUUUCUGUGCAUAAAUUUGCCGGUAUUUGUCUUUUCUACAAGUGCAGCAUCAUUUUGCUUGUAUCUGACGAGUACAUUUAUAUCUUAAGGUGAUAUAGUGAGCAAGGCACUUACUCUGCAACAAUGGGAAAUUGGAAAAAAGGUUUGUGACUUAUUUCAUGUAACUGGCAGUGCACAAGCUUCGAUUUAGUUACUUGUACACCAUAUUGUAGACUGGUGAAGAACGCACUCGGUUUAUCAAACACGUUCACGUUAUGAAAAAGAGAUCUUUAGCUGACUUGUUCAAGGAA